AUGAACGCCGAGACCUGUGUCCCAUACAGCGACAUGACAUCCAUGAAUUCGUAUUAUAACCCCUCUGCUGCUCAAGGUAGGGAUCACCAGGCGGACCACUUUAGGACAUUUCCAGCUAGUGACAUCAAAUACAGCUCCACCGCCUUCCUGUCCAGCAAAGGUCAGGCUUACGGAGAGAAGUCCCGGAGCCCCUUCCAGCAGGAGUGCCAGUCAUUGGAUGCCGCCGCAGCUGGGCAAGGCUCUUUCAGCAAAUACCAGCUCUUCAUGCAGAGGUCCUCCUGCAAAAACACCGCCCGCGGAAGACAAGCUGCUGCCGAGAGGGGACACAACGGAGCGCUCGUCCUGUGCUAUGGUGAGGCAGUCAGUAAAAAGCCAGGGAAGUGGAGGAAGAGGGAACGAUUUGGUCAGAUGCAGCAGGUCCGAACACAUUUCUCAACUGCUUACGAGCUGCCGCUCCUAACGCGUCCUGAGAACUACGCACAGAUCCAGAACCCCUCCUGGAUCGGCGGCAGCAGUGCAGCAUCUCCCGUCCCUGGCUGCGUUGUUCCCUGUGACACCGUGACCACAUGCAUGACCCCACACCCCCACUCUGCCAGUGGGGUCUCUGACUUCCUGGGCGUAUCGAGUCCCGGGGGACAUGUCGGACAGCCUCACAUGGGCAGCCUGUUUGGCGGCUCUCCUGGCAUGGCUGCGGGCAUCAACACGUACGAUCUCAACAUGGAUCCCGACCGCAAGUCCUCCAGUAUUGCUGCUUUGCGUAUGAAAGCCAAAGAGCACAGUGCUGCCAUUUCUUGGGCAACAUGAUGCGCCGAUGCACGCUGG